GAUAUUUAAGAAAUGGGAAGUUACGUCACUUGGCUACGUAGACGAAUCACGGUGUUGAAGAAUAUUGAUACUCCUAAUGUGAUAGAGAUAAUACGUCACAGCAAAUAUAUGACAUUUCUCAAAGACGACAUCAUAUGUCAGCAAGGUCAAUGCCGCCCAGAGAAUGGUUCACUGAAAUACUAUUUUCUUAUGCGCGGCUCAGUAUCAAUCUACGUCAAUCCAUUUCUGCCACAAGGUAAGAAGCGACGCAGCUCAACAAGCUCAUUAGAAAGGGUCUUGUCUGUUGUGUCAUCCAGCACAAGACUUUUGUCGGCUUCAUCAAAGAGGACCACGUAUUCCCGCGUUUCUCAACCAUACGCAACGCUUACAGAACAACCGGAAACGGAUGUAAGUGACACAGAAUCCGAAUCAGAGGAAAGCGAAACUAAAGAAAAAACAAAUAAAACAGACACUAUUCCUAGUGAUGAUGUCGAAACGUUAAGCGCCUCGUCCACACCGAUAGAUGCUGUUGCUCAAAGUCAGAAUAUUCCAAAUGAACGAAGCCAAAGUCCAAAAUCGAGGGCGUCCAAGCGUUCCCGGAAAUCUACGCCACGUGCCAAACUUGGGAAUUUCAUAGUCAAAUGCGAUAGCGGGAAAUAUUUUGACGAGGAGUCUGUGAUGGAUGAGAAUGGACAUUUUAACGCGUCCAUUAUUGCAGACGACACAUUAGAUAUCAUGGUUAUAGACGAGGAGAUAUUUGACAAGUAUAUUCGGGAGCACCAUGAGCAGGAGGUUAUCAACAUGUCAAACUUUGUUGACCUUCAUCCAUUUUUCCGACAACUUCCGGCCCAGUCACGUGGUAUGCUACAAAUAAGUAUGAAAAGUCAAUAUUUUCCUGCGGGUUCACAUAUUGUAAAACAAGGUGAUUCUGUCAAUAGACUGAUAUUUCUUGUAAGUGGAAGUGCAGAGGUGAUUAUUGAACCAGGAAAACAUCGCUACCAAUACCCAGAGUUAUGGCCCUUUGAAACAAGCUCUGACGUUUACUUCAACGAAUUCGAAUGGCUACGUGAAUCUCGAAGACGUGUAUAUCGCCGGAAGUAUGAAUUUGCGGGGGAGGUCUCAAGACGCGCUAGUCACAAAGAGAACAACAACAAAAGGGCGGAGAUCAGUGUAUGUGCCGUACAGAAUCGGGAAAUAAUUGGUAUCACGGAAGUUAUCCUAGACCUACCAACAUACACAAGUAGUCUGCGAUGUUUACAUGACUGUGAAAUAUAUACUCUUCAUCUAAAACCUUUCAGGAGGUUGAUAAAGAAGAAACAUCCGGAAGUGAUUGAUUUGAUAAGGGCAUAUGUAAUGAUGAAACUCAGAUUCCGGUUGGACAACAGUAUUGGUGAUCAAGUGCCUUUGGUACAAAGUUUAUAUAUCAAAGUUCAAAAUCUAGUACGUGAACAAUCAUUUAAAGGAACUGUUACAAGAAGUAAUGAAAAACUGAAAGAAAAAGAGAAAGAAAUGCUUAGGCUCCUAGAGUGGUUUAAACUUGGCAAAGCGCCACUAGUGAAGGACCUUGAUGUUGACGUCAUCAAAUGGAUGGAGGACAUGAAAGAAAAAGCGAGCGUGAGAAAGAGCGUUCGUGAAAGAACAAUAGUUACUGGGGAACCCCGCAAGGAAUUCAGACGAAUAGGUUGUUUGGCUGCAGUAAAGACAAAAAGGGACCCGAUGAGUCUGCGCAGACUGAAGGACCCUAUGAACGAGCUGUUGCUGAGGUUGAGGAUGGAAGGCACGUAUGUGUCAGACGAGAAAGAACUAGAAGAGUUGAUACAGCGGAUUUCAAUUACACCAGCAGACGAACUUUACGACAUUAGAACACAAGCUAGUAGAAUAACAGAUGAAGAAUACCGGUUACUAAGAUACCGUCGCUACGGUAACCGACUCAUCAAGAACUUUGUUAAAAUGUUGGAGCGGCGAGACACUCGAUAUCUUCUUGGCCAACAUGAAAAGACAGUUUUAUCGUCAGUUUUGUUAGAUGACACACUGUCCGAUGAUGAAGCUGGUGACGAGGAAGAUAAUCAGUUUCCGGUGUAUAAUGAAGAUUAUUGGCGAACAUUUGAAGACCGUUUCAGCGCUCGAACCAGGCCCACCACGUAUAAAAGCAAGGCUACAACGGACACCUACAAAUCUUUGCAGUUUGAUCGCCGCAGUGUGACGCCAGGAACGCUAGACAUGCGCAUUAAAGACUUUCACAUUAAACAUGGUGGCUCAGAGGCAGAAAUCACAAACCUCCCUCGAAUAAAAAAUCACAGGGACUUAGAAUUUGAUUACGAGAACGAACCAAUUGGUGGAGGAAAAGUGUUCGUCACCACGAUGCCGUGCGUCUCGUGCAGAAAGAAUGUGCACUUGAAGAAUCACUCGCACGUGCGCUGUCAAAUGUUACACACGUUGCCGAUGGAUAAAGUAAAAGGUUAUAAAGAUUAAUGACAAAGAUGUUACAGAUAUAAUUCAUAAAAUGUGGAAGAAGGAAACGGAAAAAUAAAUAGAUAAAUUUUAAACUCGGUAACAAAAGAAUGGUCAUACCAUGGAAAUCUUUUGAGCAUGUCCAAGACAAAAGGUCAUAUAUCUGAUACUCUUUGAUGUAAAAUGUGAAUGAUUAUGCAUGUAUUGCGGACAAAAGUAAAGUACUUCUUUAACACCUUCAUUUAAAGAUAUACUAGGUAAAUCUAGAUAUUUAAAUAUGGACAAAAGUCAAUGCCUAAAAUAUUGACAUUUCCUAACUAAGUUAAAUCCGCCCGUGAUCUGAAUAGAUAAACUAGUAAAAAUAAUGAUAAUAAA